AUGAUGCAGCAACCUGAUGAACAAACAAUGAACCUCGAAAUUCCAUUGGGAUUCCGAUUUAAACCUACGGAAUAUCAACUUCUUAAUUACUUCCUUAAUCAGAAGAUUUGUGAUGAAGAACUCCCACCAUAUACACAUAUUUUUAUUAAUGAUGUUGAUCUUUAUAAACAUCAUCCCUUCUACUUCUUCCAGGACGUAAUGCAGUUCGGCAUUGGGGAACGCGAAAUACGAGGUUACUUCUUCACAAAGUUAAAGAAAGCUGGUACAAAGUCGUCGGAAGAAAACUCAAAUUACAAUCGUAGAGUUUAUGACGACUAUGGCACCGAGUAUGGAACAUGGAACGGGGAGAGUCGUCACCCCAUUCUUGAUAUUGAUGGUAACCAAAUUGGGUAUGAUAAAUACUUGAAGUUUUCGGAGGUUGGUGAUGAAAAAAGUAAAAAAUAUUCUAAAAACCCUAAUAAUAACAAUGAGGUAAUAACAGUGGAGAAACCUAAACCCAAACUCAAGUUUGAGUGGAAGAUGCAUGAGUACUCUUUCCUUCCAGAUUUUAUGCCAGCAUGCAGUAAGGAAGAAUACAAGGAUUUUGUUAUAUGUCGUAUUGAUAUGAAAAUCAAAGGGAAUGAAAACGCCGUUAAACGACGAUCAUCAACCAAAAACAAGGCGUUGGAAGUGUUUUUCUUAUAUGAAUUAAAACUUACUUAUGAUAAUGUCAAAAGUAUGAUUACGACCGCGCCGUCGUCGUUACCACAAGUUGAUAAUCCGACCAUGCCGGCUAUCAUGUCUACAGAGGAGGACUACGGCGAGGAACCGGUAUGCAAGAAGCAAAAGACGGGUCAUCAUGGGAUCAUCGUAUGA